AUGGAUUCCCUACCUUACGAGAAUGCACCAGACGUGCCGGACGGUAAUUCCAAUAAGCCGCGACUCCAGCUCCCAGCGAGCUGUGACCCCCCAUCAAUGAGCUCACCUGCAAAGCAGCUUGUAUGGAUAAUAUUCGGGGGAACUGGCCAUAUGGGCCGGUCACUCGUAAAAUACGCACUGUCUCGUGGGGACUUGGUGACUUCAGUCGGACGAAUCCACGAAUCUAACAUUGAUGACAUUGCAAACAUACAUCAUGACAAUUGCCUUGGAGCCCUUUGCGAUGUACGCUCUCGUGAUUCAGUUGCCAAGGUUGUUCAGGAUGCACUAGAUCGGUUCCGACGGUUUGACGUCGUUGCGAACUGCUCCGGCCACGGAGUCAUUGGUUCGUGCGAGGAUCAGGAUGAGCAUGACCUCCGUAAUCAGUUUGAGACGAAUUUCAUUGGAACGCUUCACAUCAUUCACACCACGCUCCCUUACUUCCGGAGACAGAACAGUGGCCGCUAUCUCAUAUUCAGUUCGACUUCUGGAGCACUUGGAGUCCCAGGGUUGGGACCUUACUGCGCAACCAAGUACGCUGUUGAAGGUUUGAUUGAAGCAAUGCUAUAUGAGACUGAUUCUUUUAACGUCAGGGCCACGUUAAUUGAGCCAGGUUUGGUGAGACGUGAUGAGCCGGAUACUGGCGAUAGUCCCCUGCCAACCUGGGGCCAUUUUCUCAUCAAGCCCUCAAGUAAUGGAUACGGAAAUGCAACCUCUCCAGCGCUUCAUGCAAGGAGAAUGGUACAGUGGCUUGGGGACCGCCAACCGACCAGUGCAGUAAAAUGUGCCGAGCUUGUGUGGCAGCUGGCACACUGCACAUACCCGCCCCUGAGGCUCUUGUUGGGGAGCUACGCAAUUGAGAGCAUUCGGGAUAGAAUGCGCUCAGUUACCGAGGAGUUAGAAGACUGGAAACAUCUCAAUUUUGCUACGGCGGGGCAGGAAAGCGAGAGGGACGAUAAAGAAUGA